AUGGCCGACUUGACAAUGCAGUCAGAAUCGAAUCACUUCAGUCCAUAUCGCGCUGAUGGAAAGCUUUACGGCUUUGUCUGCGUAGUUACGGGAGCUGACCAGCCUAUUGGUGCUGCAAUCGUUGCUGAACUCGCGGCACACGGGGCGGCGUCGAUCUACGCUUGCACCUCUUCUGCUAACGCAGCCAACCUGCCUACUUCCGACACGGCGCAAACCAUUCACUAUCCACACCUCGAACCAAAUGAGCAUUCGACGCUUGCACUAAUAGAUGAAGCGUUGAAUGCAUUCGGCCGCCUCGACGUCUGGGUUUGCGCUUCAAUGUCGGCGGGUCCUGGCACGGUCACCGCUACCACGCCAUCCGAUUUGAUGGCAGCCUUUGAGCACAACGCUCUAUCGCCUUUCUUCGCUCUCAAAUAUGCACCAGCUGCAAUGGCUAAGAUGACCGCGAAAGGCAUGUACGGCAAUGCAGCCCCGAAGGAUCAGAGCUACGGGAGCAUUAUCAUCGUAACAUCCACCGCGUGUGAGAAGGCUUCGGGUGGGCCCGCCUUCACGAUGUCCUGUCAUUCGGCUCUCGGAGUGGUACGUAGCGGUGUGUCAGUGCUUAGGGGUACCGGCAUCAGAAUCAACGCCAUUUCUCACAGCGGGAUUGAUAUGGGCGGGGAAGUCAAGGCAACAAAUGGGAAUGGCACGAUUCCUGUGGGCGGUAAAGGUGGACUGGAAAGAAAUGGAUCACCCGCCGAGGUCGGAAGAGUCGCUGGAUUCCUCGCCUCGGGUUUCUCUUCAUACAUCACGGGCUCAAACCUGAAAGUAGAUGGAGGUGAAAGUGUGCUAUAG